CUUAUAGUGCCGCGGGCGGCGGUUGGUGGCGGGGACGGCACGGACGGGGGCGAUAUGGCGGUGCGGCAGCUCGUGGUCCUGGCGCUGGCGCUGCUGAGCGCCGAGGGCGGCUCGGGAGCAGGUGAGGGUCCUGCCCGGCGCGGGUGGAGGCUCAGCCGCGGCAGCGGGGGCCCGCCAGGCGGCCCUGCAGGGAGUGGGAUCUGGACAUCUGUAGACGAUGCUGGCUCCAAAACACGCCUUACCUGUGCCUUGAACCACAGCACCACUGAGAUCGUCGGCCACCGCUGGGUGAAGGCGGGCAAGGUGCUGAAGGAAGACGCGCUGCCCGACCUGAAGACAGAGUAUGAGGUGGACCUGGAUGACCGCUCCGGUGAGUACUGGUGCGUCUUCCUCCCAGAGCAAGCAGGCAAGACCAGCAUCGAGGUGAAGGGGCUCCCCAACAUCAAGGCCGUGAAGAAGUCCGAGCACGCCACCGAGAGGGAGUCGGUCGUGCUAGGCUGCAAGUCUGACUCCUUCCCCCCGGUCAGCGACUGGGUGUGGUACAAGAUGGAAAGCUCUGGUGACCAGGUCAUCAGCAACAGCUCCCAGAACAAAUUCUUCGUGGUGUCCUCGGAGACGAAGACGGAGCUGCACAUCUUGAGCCUGGACCUGGAGACGGACCCCGGCAGGUACGCCUGUAACGGCACCAACUCGGAGGGCACCAGCCAGGCUGUUGUCACGCUGCGCGUGCGAAACCGCUUUGCCGCCCUCUGGCCGUUCCUGGGCAUCGUGGCCGAGGUGCUGGUGCUGGUCACUGUGAUCUUCAUCUAUGAGAAGCGACGGAAGCCGGACGAGGUCCUGGACGAUGAGGACACCGGCUCCGCUCCUCUGAAGAGCAGCGGGCACAUCAACGACAAAGGCAAGAACGUUCGCCAGAGGAACGCCAACUGAGGCCUCCAGCCUCUGUCCGGAGCAGCUCAGUGUCUGCUGUUCGCAGAGUCCACGUUCUUUCCUCUUAAAGGAGACCCGCCCCACGAAAGCAGACCACAGUGUGGGUCAGCUCACGUUUCUUUCCUUUUUAAAACUAAACUAGGGUUUUCUACAUGUAGAAUUCUAUUCUUUAGGAGUUUUGGUUUUCCUUUGUAAAUAUUUUGUGAGCGCCUUGAGGAAGCCCUGAGAUUACUGGUGCCCUCUGCCCAUCCCCUCGCUGCCCACUUGUCCCCUCGCUGUCCUCCCCCCCCCCGACACACGCAGACACCUGUCCCUCCCGUCCCCCCAGCCCAUCCCCUCGGCAUCCCACCCCAUCUUGGGGGUCAUGAAGGGCAGACUGGCCUUCUUGUGGGGCUCUACCUCCUGAGGCUGCUGGGCCUCGUUGGGGCCCUUUGCAGAAAGUCACGGGUUGUGCGGUGGGAGCAUAUCGUGCCUGCCUGUCUGUCUGAGGUCUGUGCUGCCGGGUCGCCUCCAGUCUGUGUUGUGUGUGGGGACAGCUCGAGGCAGGCGGGGCCCCCGACAUCCCCGCCUGGCUGUGGAGGAGUGGUGUGGUGGCCAUCCCGCCAGAGCUGCGUCCUGACCUGCCCGCCACCUGCCUGCUCACCAAUAAAGGCUGACCCGUGUCCGUC